AUGCAGGAUGAUGCUGAGGCAGCUGCAGCUUGUCUCCCAGCGGUUCCAUGUGUAACGAGGCUGUGUGUCCUUUCUUUGCAGCAUGUGGACACGGGGAACUCUUACCUUUGUGGGUACCUGAAGAUUAAAGGCCUUACUGAGGAGUAUCCAACCCUCACAACCUUCUUUGAAGGAGAAAUAAUCAGCAAAAAACACCCUUUUUUGACGCGGAAGUGGGACGCAGACGAAGACGUUGAUCGGAAACACUGGGGCAAGUUUCUGGCUUUUUAUCAGUAUGCAAAAUCAUUUAAUUCAGAUGACUUUGAUUACGAAGAGCUGAAGAAUGGAGAUUAUGUCUUCAUGAGGUGGAAGGAGCAGUUCCUGGUCCCGGACCACACGAUCAAAGACAUCAGCGGUGCUUCCUUUGCUGGGUUCUAUUACAUCUGCUUCCAGAAGUCAGCAGCCUCCAUAGAGGGCUACUAUUACCAUAGGAGUUCAGAAUGGUAUCAGUCACUCAAUCUAACUCACGUUCCUGAACAUAGCGCACCCAUCUAUGAGUUCCGGUGACAGCGGGUCAGAGCAGGAACCAAAUAAAACUGAACUUGGCAAAAAAGAACUUUGCCAAGAAAAUUGUGUACCUGCCAGAACCAGGAGAACGUGUGUUCCUGUUUCUUCACGAGCGGACUUGCGUCAGAAAGCAUGAAUGUUAACCCACAGAAUCCAAGGAGCACAGCCACCCAGCAGGGCAGGCGGAGGGAGUGUGCGUCCUCCCGAUCUGUGGCCGUUUGCUCUUAAUCUGUUUUAAGCUACCUUAAAUGCACUUUUCCUUCCUGCACA